CACGGCAUCAAGGGUGGGUGGCUAUUGAUUGAUUAUAUAUAUUUGUGUCUACCAAGUUUAUAACAGCACCAGUCGAGUACCUAUAGAUUUGUAGAUCAGAAUAAUCUCGACAUUCUCUUGUCUUGAGCAAGAUUCCAAGUUCAGAUUAGCUCAAGUAUAAGGUCAAUGGCGGCUGUUGGAUUAGUCUCUCUACUACUGUCGAAAUACUCAAGUUCCGAUAAGAAUGGAACCAACGAACCAAACCUGAAUUCUUACACAACCACUUGUGAGCAACGAUUCAACAAAUUGAAGAGCGAGCUCGCCGCAGGAGGCAAGACUGAAAAUUAUUCCCUAAACUCAGUCAAGUUGCUGUGCGGGCUUCUAGUGGAAAUGAACCAAAAUUUGGCCAAGAGCAUUAUCGGCAGCAAAGGUAUAUUGAAGAACGAAGAACUAAGGUCUUUGGUUGAUCUCUAUUAUGAGAGUUCCACGAAAACUUUAGAUCUAUUUAAUACCGUGGAGAAGUGCACCAAGAAAGCAAAAUUAAGCUUUUUGAUCAUCCAAACGGCGAUCAAACAGUUUGAAAACGAGUCGAUGGACACGGAUUUCGGAGGAAACCUGAAGAAGAAAAAGAAGUACGUGGAAACGUUAGAGGAGCUGAAUAAGGUUAAAGCUAUGGGCGAUCCUUUUGGUGAUGAGUAUAAGAAUCAGUUGAAAUCUGUACGUGCGGAGCAGCUUAUGCUUUUAGAGAAGAUCCAUGAGCUGGUGGUGAAGAUUGAUAAAAAAAAGCGGAAACUGAAGAGAAGGAGGAGACUGGUGGCUAUUGUUUACACCGCUGCCGCUUUGACUUUUGGGGCCGUAGAGACUUGCGUAUGCAUAGCAUUCGUACCUCCAUUGGCGGUGAAUAGUGCGGUUGCGGCUGUCACUGGGUUGAACUACAUGAUUGGAACUGGAGGAGUAUUGGUCAAUGAGGUGAUGAAGAACCGUGAGAAGGAUUUGGAUAGACAGAAAGACGUGGUCAAUAGAAUGGAAGGCAACACGAAUGUCAACAUCCAAGGGACAAAUACGAUACAUAGCCUAGUCGAGAAGCUUAUUAUGAGUCUCUCUUUGAUUUUGGGGUCUGUGGAUCUUGCUGUCGUGAAUAGAGAAGAGGAGGCCGUAAAACUUGUGAUGGAAGAAAUCGUUAGCGAAGUGGCUGGGUUUGCUAAGGUAAUCAAGGAAGUUGAUGAAGCUGUGGCUACGUGUAGCACAUGUGUCGCUUCAGGGAAACUAGAAGUUUCCAAAUCAAUGUCAUCGAAAGGGAAGAAGAAGUAAACUAUCUUAUGUAUUUACACUUUUAUAUUUAUGUUUGAAGUGUUGCCCAAAAAAAAAAGAAAUAUAUAUAUAUAUAUAUAUAUAUAUAUAUAUAUAUAUAUAUAUACUAGUGGUAUUCCGGCGCUAUGCGCCGGGUUAUGAAAACAUGUUUUGUCUUGUCUGUUCAAAUUUGUACUCUAAUGAUGUAUGGUUGUGAUGUUAAC